CGCGUAAAUAGAAAUGCGCGAUACUGCCUCUCUAGUCCCCGCGGUCCUGUUUUCAGAAUAAACAAGACUGCAAGGCGUGUUGAUAUAUAUAAAUUCAUCACUUAGAGAAUGUUUCAAAAACAAAGUCUGUGUUCAUAAUACGUGUCGGUCAAGAUCUGAACAAAAUGCCGAGUGUUCUCACUGCUUGAAUACAUAUUUCACAAUGUCCUCUUCUCGACAUAUAUCUUAUGUUGCUCGUGAAAUAUUCCCUGCUUGCUUAUUGGCGGGAGUUGGUAUGGUGGUCGCAGGCUGUUAUGUUGAUAUGUUGAAGUCUUCUAGCAUUUUUAAUUCCAGUGGGGCAUAUAUUUUCGAAAUCAUCCCACCUGUUCUUGGACUCAAAGGCAAUUUAGAAGUUGCCCUUUCUUCUCGACUUGCCACUGUGGUUCACUUUAGACGAAAGUUUAGUGAAAUUUCAUCCUGGUUGUUUACAACCACAUUGGCUUUUAUACUGGUCCUUGCAGUUCUUGCAAGCGUCGCCAUUCCUUUAGUGAUUACAACUGUGCAUAUUUCAACAUCACUCAUAUCCUACUCUUCUAUUAAUAUCGCCCAUCUUAUCUGUAUUUCAUCUGUAACUUGUGUUUGUGCUUCAUGUUUAAUAAGUGUUCUAGUGUAUGCAAUAGUAUGCGCUUGUGUGUUCUUCGGUGCGAAUCCUGACAAUAUUGCUCCACCGGCAGCUGCUGCUUUAGGAGACCUUGCAACGGUUUUGAUCAUGUCACGUGUAAACUGCUAUUUUAUGGAAUAUCCAACUUUUACUUUCAUUGCUGCUAUAUGCAUAACCUUCAUCGUUCUUUUCCUAAGUAUUGCUUACUUAUUAUAUCACUCCAAUAUGCAUAUGUCGCCUGAAUUUAGCAAUCUUGUUAUAACAUCUACUACUUUCAAGGAAACUAUUGUUCCAUUGAUCCUGGCAAUUAUUAUGAGUAGCAUUAGUGGAAAUAUUUCAUCACGAUUUCUGGCCGAUCUCCCUGUGGUUGCUCGCCUUCAAGUCCCAAUUAAUGGUGUUGGUGGAAUUUUCGCUGCAAUGUUGAUUAGUAGAAUGACAACACGUCUGCAUUCUAUAACCUGUUCUAAAAAGUUUUCUUUAAAACAAUCAGUUUUUGCUUCUCCUACCUCUUCACCUUCGCCGUCUUCAACGACACCGCCAACAACAACAAAUACUACUACUACUAAUACAUGUGUAAUGUUUGAAAAAUCAAGGCGUCAUAUUCCUAGUGAAGAAGUUCCAUCAUCUGGUGUUUCUGAUUCCCUUUCCUCUUCUUCUCCUUCAUCAUCGUUGUCAUCUUCUAUGUCUGCAGGAACAAUGGAAUCGUGUAGAAAACUACGUGAAAUCUACACAGAUGUCUCUCAAGUAUCCAAACUCAUCAGAUUCUUGUGUAUUCCACUACAUUUCAUACUAACUCUGAUCAGUGUGAUUAUUACACGGCAUUUAAAUCCACAAGAAAAUGAGAUAUCGUAUCUACAGUUCAGCAUUUUGAUCCCGUAUAUUUCAGCUGGAUUUAUUCAGAUAUGCAUACUACUUAAAUUUGCCAAAUGGAUUGUUUUAAAACUCUGGAAAAAGUACAGUCUUGCUAAACAACUCGAUUCUAAUAGUAAUGCUACUAACACUCCUAUAUCCCUAGCAUCGCUGGAUUUCUCCGCUAUAGCCAUGACUACGGGCUUAGGCGAUUUAAUUGGCACCGCUUUUUUCGUUCUGUUUCUAUGCAUAAGUAAGCGGUUAACAAAUAGUUGAGAUAUCCGUGUGUGUAUGUGAUGUUCCACAGAAGAACAAAAGUUUAUUCCUCUGAAUUGAUAUCACUGCGCGUUUCUUUUCUCCUUGUUCCGGUGUUUUCUUUCUGACUUUUUUUGUUUUAUGCUGUCUGGCUCGUUAGUCUUUCGUCUCUACAGAAACUUAAAUAUGAUAUAAUAUAAUACAUGUAUCGUUGAACAUUGUAAUGUUAAUUGGUUUGUUACAUAGUCACCUUGUUGUAUCAUAUACAUACGUGUAAUUAAUCAUUACUCUGUCUCCUUUCUAAAACUAGUGAAACCCUUUUUAAAUCAUAUAUUCAAUGUUCAACCUUUUCUUUGAUGUAUAUUUGUUUAUCUGAACUAGUUAUACAUCUAUAAAUGUACAUUCAAAAUUAAGUUGGUUGUUCGUUUGUUGCUUGAUAAAAAAGACGCUGUUUAUUAUUAUUAUUAUUAUCUGUUCUUA